UUUUGGCCGUCUUGAAGUAGAUCGGCAGUUCCCAUGCGGUGCGAAUUUCCCUGCGACGAAUUGAACUUCUUCUCCAAGCUUGUAUUGCCAUGGUUUGAUAAAUCAAUCGAGUUUAGGAUCCCACGACUCUCUCUUGUUAAACCACAAGGCGGCUCAAUCAGUGAGCUAUAAAGCUUUUGCCAGCAUGACAGAAAGCAUGGACUGGCAUCCCAUAUUUGUGGUUAACUCGAUUUUCCCCCAAAAUUUUGGAAGAGUUUGAUAACCCGAUAUGCAGGGGCGGCUUUGGGUAUAUGUGUAAACCGGCACUCUUGGUCCAUGCCUACUCCGCCGAACAGGAAUCGGCAACUGCAAGUGGCAACAGGCUUACCGGCUUCAUAGUUCUCAUCCGACGUACCGACUGUCCACCCGCAAUCGCAGUCCGCAGAUCACCCACCGGCCAUCCUUAGGCCUCGCCCAGUCUUCUAAGUCUCUUAAUACUUAGUAGUCCGGCCUCUGAAAUUCUCAAGCCGCCACUUUCCAUAUGAGGUUAUUUGCAUAUUCUCUUCUUGCAAGUCAUACGGGAUCAGUUCAAUAAUACUCAACCCUUCUCCACGCUUUUGGGGAUUCCCUUUGUGACAAAGCCUAGAAAGAUGAGUUUGGAUUGUUCUCUCAAACCUUGAUGGACAUAAGACGAAGAACUGUCCAGAACAAUCACAAGAUGGACAUAAGACGAAUUCGAAUCCCCAAAACCACUGCAUUGUUGUUUCCCACCAAACGCCCCUUGGCUUGUGUCAUCUCCACAGCUUCUUCGAACUCUCCUGCUCCGGCGCCGUCAUCAUCAAGGCCGAGGAGAGCAGUUAAUCCUAAACCGCACCCGCCACCUGGACAACAACAGGUAUUGGACCGGCGGUGGCUAACAUCCUUGCUAUCGAGGCCCCAUUUGGAAUACUCUGAUUGUAAACAGCUUAUAAGGCAGUUGACUCCUUCUCAGUUUGAUGUCCUGUUCUCUGACCUAUCUCCUUCCUCUCUAAUCCCCUCAACUGCUCUUAAAUUCUUCUACAUUGCGUCAAGUUCUUGUGGUUUUCAGUUCAGUGUUAAAUCCUAUUGCAACUUGCUUCGCUUGCUUGUUGCUUCCAACUUGGAAAUGCCUGCUCGGUUGCUUCUGAUAAGAUUAAUGGAUGGGAAGCUACAUACCUUGUUUUCUGACCCAGAUAAAAAACACGUUGAGAUUGCCACCACAUUAGUGGAUUUAAGUGGUGUUCCAGCAUUGUGUAACACUGUUAGGAUAUAUGAUUUAUUUCUUCAUGUUUGUUGUACGCAAUUCAAGAAUGCUGGGUUUAGUAUAGCAUUAGAUACCUUUCAGAUUUUUGCAGGUAAGGGUUUCUUUCCUUCCUUAAAGACUUGUUGUUUUCUGUUGAACUCUCUUGUGAAGGCUAACGAGCUUCACAAAAGCUACCAGGUAUUAGAUACCUUGAUCCAGCGUGUUAUUCCUGAUGUAUACUUUUUCAGCAUUGCCAUAAAUGCUUUGUGUAAAGGAGGGAAGGUCAAGGAAGCAAAGCAAUUGUUUGCAAAGAUGGGAGAAAUCGGUGUUACUCCCAAUGUUUUUGUUUAUAACAACCUUAUCAACGGGCUUUGCAAGAAUGGGGAAUUGGAGGAGGCUUUUAAACUAAAAGAAGAAAUGGUACGCAAUGGUGGCAAAGCAAGUUUAGUAACAUAUGGUAUACUUAUUAAUUGUCUUAUGAAACUUGAGAAGUACUAUGAAGCAUGUAACCUUUUGCAUGAAAUAUAUGAGAAUGGCCUGUCUCCAAAUGAGGUCAUCUUUAAUACAAUGAUUGAUGGAUAUUGCAAAAUGGGAAACCUUGAUGAUGCACUUAGGAUGAAAGAUGAAAUGGUCAGGCAAGGGUUGGUUCCGAAUUCAGUCACUUGUAACACCUUAAUAAAAGGGUUCUGUAACAAGGGUCAAAUCGACAAAGCUGAACUUCUCUUAGAGAAUAUGUUGACAAAGGGUCUUUCUGUUAAUCUUGCUUCAUUUACAUUGCUUAUUUCUACUCUUUGCUCAAAUUCAAGAUUUGAAUCUGCAUUACACCUUACUAGGGAAAUGGUAUUAAGAAAUUUAAAGCCAAACGAUGGCUUAUUGACCAUAUUGGUUGGUGGCCUUUGCAAGGAUCUUAGAAAACAUUCUGAUGCAGUCGGCCUUUGGUUUUUUCUUCUAAAUAGGGGGGUCGUGCCCAAUACUGUGACAUCAAAUGCCCUCAUCCAUUGCCUCUGUCAAUCUGGAAACAAGCAAAAGGCAUUUUUGCUUCUUAAAGUGAUGUUAGAGAGGCACUUGCCAGUGGAUGUGAUUACGUAUAAUACACUAAUAUGUGCAUGUUGCAAAGAGGGAGAUUUGGACAUUGCCUUCAAGUUGAGAGAUGAUAUGAUUAGCCAAAGAAUUUUGCCAGAUAUUUCCACAUUCAAUUUACUUCUCCAUGCACUUUUCACCAUUCAUAAGACAGAUGAAGCCAUGGUGCUUUGGAAUGAAUGCCUGAACAACAAGGGUCUUGUAUGCGAUGUUCAUACAUAUGGUGUCCUGAUUAAUGGGCUUUGUAAAUCCGGGCUGGUUGAGAAGGGUAGGUAUUUUUUCGAUGAAAUGAUCAAGAAGGGAAUCCCACCAAAUUCUGUUGUUUAUAAUAUGCUUAUCUGGGCUUAUAGUAGAGAUGGACAUUUGACAGAAGCACUUAAACUUUCUCAUGAGAUGAGAAGUAAUAAUUAUCAGCCAACAGCUGUCACCUAUUCUUCCCUUAUUCAUGGAAUGUGCAAUGUCAGUCAACUUGAGGAAGCAAGACGUCUCAUUGAUGAUAUGAGGAAGGAAGGGGUUUUGCCAGAUGUUAUUUGUUACACUGCACUAAUAGGUGGCUAUUGUAAGAUGGGGUUGAUGGAUGAAGUUAGGAGUAUCUUGGAGGAAAUGCAUUCUUCGAAUAUACAGCCUAAUAAGAUCACUUACACCCUAAUUAUAGAUGGAUAUGGUAGAUCUGGCAAGACUAAGGAAGCUACAAUGUAUUUUGCUGAGAUGAUAAAAAAAGGAAUAGCUCCAGAUACUGUCACUUAUAAUGCUUUAUCAAAGGGUUUUUACAAGGAAGGGAAUAUUGAUUCUGUUUUUGGAUUGUUUGAUGAUAUGCUUUAUGCUGGACUGGGUCCAGAUGAAGUUUCUUAUACUUCUUUGAUUAAUUGGUUGCCACAUUCAUUAGCCGUGUCUCAUGAAGAAUGACUUCUAUGGAGCAAAAGCUUUGAAGUGUUCUUCUAGCAAGGUUUACUGACUUUGUUGUUUGUGAGGCGAAAUGGCAGUUUGAAUCUGCAUUAGUACCACUGAUAUUUUUCAGGAGCGGGUAUCUUGAAAUGGUCUUCAAGCGAACAGUUUGACAUGGAGUUAUACAUCUAGAUAGAUAUGGCAGAAUUUGCAACCAUCCCAUCUAAUGUUAAGCUGCAUAUGGAUGGGAAAUUGUCAAGACAUCGACCUUGUGUGCCUAAAUGUUCACAAAUUCUAUCAAGAAGAAACCUGUCAACAUGGAAUGCUAAAGGCUCUUUCCCCCCUUGUUCUACAAAAGUGAUGGGAGUUGUGAAGAAAAGAAGCUGUCAAAGGUGUUUUUGCUUUAGUUCCUCACUUGAUGUUAAUGUUGCUACGGCUUAUGAUUGGGUCACUAAUAUGGACCAAAUGCUUCUCACAACAAGUAUAUUCCUUACUUACAUGGCUGGAGUAAUUCCAUCAAAGAAGUCAUAAUCCGAUAGAAAACAUCAAACAUGAUUAUGUGUUCCCUAAUGACACAUCUCCUCUUCUCGUUUAAACAAGAAUGAAGAAGACACUAAAUUGCAGUUUGUUUGGGAUGUAGCGGAAGGAAAACUGUCAGAUUCUCUGCUCGCUGUAAAUCAAGAGGUGAAAUGGAACAUUUCUGCCAAUGAUGUUGAACAGAAUGGUGCAAGAUGGCCUUCAAAUUUGUUUGCCAUUGCUGAAGGUCCUAGGCUAUGUUUACUUUGGGCUUCUUUUCAGCUACUCAAGAAAGAAGCAGGUAGACAAUCUUUCUCAGAAUUCGGCUAGUGAAGAAUUGAGCACAGUUUCACUUUUCAAUUCCCAUUCGAAAAUCCAGUAAACAACUAUGUGUCUCGUGGUUGACUGGUUGGAGGAGGUGAUAUCCUUAGGGAAGAGCAAAGCUGACAGAAGUCGUAUUUGUUCAAUGGUUGAUACGUUGGAUGAGGAUGAAGGCAUUUUGCAGCUUAUCAGAAACUUGGGCAAGGAGGAUCUAUACAUAGAACUGGUGUUUGUCACUAAUUUUGGUUUCAUCAGGGAUGGAGCCUAUUAUGAUCGGAGUUUUAUGAAUGAGCAUGGUGUGGCCAUAUUAGUAGAUUUUGUAAUUACACAUACAGAAGGUGCUGCAAGCAUGUAUUUGGAGCUUAUUUCAGUUGAUCGUAAAGUGGCAAAUGAACAGCCUUGGUUUAACUCGGUGUACUUUAUCAACCCGAGCACUUCAGAGAUUACGGAAUGAGGUGGCAAUGCGCAAAUGGUUGCAUCUGAACAUGGAAGCAGUUGUAUCAAUGUAUGAAGAUCGAUUUGACUUUGAGCCCAUUUGAAUUCCGGGCCUUAGAGAAAUCUGGUAAACAAAAAGUCGAAAAUCGUCAGUGGUGGAAUAAACUUGGUAUAAUGAGGAAGUCAGGAACUGUAUCAUCUCCCUUUCGAGUUGCCUUCAUCAACCAAAUAUCUAUAGCUGCUAAGCGCACCAAAGAACUGAGGUCAUCCUUAAGCGGGUGGAGAUAUUACUUCAGCCUUUUCCUUGAGUUGUCUGGUAUUGAGAGCAUGGUUACAUGUUUUUCAACGAUUGAAGUAAGAAUUUCUGUGGCAUGCUGAAAUGACCAAGACCAAGGCUGCAUAUGUUUAGUCAAAAGAGGUAAAUAGGUGAUGGACAUCAUAUGAUCAUUUGGUAAAAAUAUUAGGUGAUUCACCUGUUAAAAAAGAGCAGUCCGGUGCACAUAGGCGUCCCCGCAAAGCGAGAGUUUGGGGAAGGCUUCCACCACAUGGGUGUAUAAGGGGCUAGCCUUUCCUUAUCACUUUUUACAAGAGGUCACUCCCAAGACUUGAACCCAUGACCUCUCAGUCACACACAACACCGUAACAGGUGAGGGUAAAACCCAGCCUUUAUGAGCAAAGUUUAACCUUCACCGUGAAGAGAGCAAGGGCUAUUCCAUGAGUCCAAACUGAUUAUCAGAAAGUUGGGAAAGGUGGAUGUAUACGUAGAAAUGGUGUCUGUUACACUAUUCUUGUUUCAUCAGAGAGCGUCUGCUUCAAAAACCACAUCACAAGCUGAAUAAAAACUAGUAAAUGAUGAUGAGCCUUGACGGUGUACUAAUGACUGGCCUAGUGGCCUUCAAGGAGAGAAUUUCAAAGUAGGCAAAGAUGAAGUUCCUACCGGACUCAAAUAGGCAAAGAUGAAGUUCCUACCAGAUUCAAUAGCAAUCGACGGGUCUCUCUCUUCAUUACACUUGAGCUUGAACAAACGUUUGUACUCACUAACAAACGUUAUCUACUUGUUUUUAGUUGCAUUCCACAUUAAUGACUUUUUUUUUUUUACCUUAAAGCAUGUCAUUAUAACCCGAUUGGAAAAAUAUCGCAAUUUUCUAAAAGAAGGUACUCCGUAAUUACUUCGUAUUUAGCUUCCCCUGGGUGAAAUAGAGGAUUCAAAUAUAUGCUGUUUUCUUUUGUUUUUCUCUUUCU